CAUGAUUCACUGGGCUCAGAUUUGCUCUGUGCCGCUUCACCUGCAGUAGCAGACUAGCAGUACUCUGCUCUGCUGCGCCCAGGCCUGCCUGCCCCACCCGACCCAAUGGAGAAGGCCGCCUCAUUCCUCUCCUCGCUCCUCGGUGGCGGCGGCGACGCCGGGGGGCCGGCGGCCACGGUGACGUCCGUCCUCAUUUACCCCAUCAAAUCCUGCAGGGGCAUCUCCGUGCCCCAGGCCCCCAUCACCGCCACUGGGUUCCGGUGGGAUCGGCAGUGGAUGCUCGUCAACUCCAAAGGGCGAGGCUGCACCCAGAGGGUGGAGCCCAAGCUCGCGCUCAUCCAGGUGGAGUUGCCGCCGGAGGCCUUCGCCGAGGACUGGCAGCCCACGCCCAACGACCACAUGGUUGUCAGAGCACCUGGAAUGGAACCAUUGAAGAUCCCUCUUGCUUCAGAAUGCGCCACAAUCUAUGAUGUAUCUGUUUGGGAGUGGUCUGGCUCUGCUUAUGAUGAAGGACCUGAAGCAGCCAAAUGGUUUUCCACUUUCCUUGGGAACCCAACUCGACUGGUGCGCUUUAAAGAAGAGUCGGAAACUAGACUGACCGACCCUGACUACGCACGAGGUUACAACGUCAUGUUUUCUGAUGGCUACCCAUUUCUGAUAACCUCCCAGGAUUCACUGGAUGCGCUAAAUGAGAAACUCGAAGAGCCUGUACCAAUUAACCGCUUCAGACCAAAUAUUUUAGUGAAGGUAUGCCACCCAUACGCAGAGGAUCUAUGGAAAACAAUAAAGAUAAACAAGCUAACAUUUCGAGGUGUGAAGUUAUGCGGCCGUUGCAAGGUGCCUACAAUCAAUCAAGACACUGGAAUACCUAGUCCUACUGAACCAACUGAAACGCUGCAGAAAUAUCGGUCUGGAGAAGUGCUGCUUCCAAGCCACAAAAAUAAACGUCAGGUGUACUUUGGGCAAAAUGCAGUCUGCAAGGAAUCCCUGUCAGCUAAUGGCGAAGGAAGGAUCAUCAAGGUUGGCGAUCCCGUUUAUGUCACGCAGUCAUUCUCUUCAUCUGGUGAAGUGCCAGCCUGAGUGAUGAAUCAGGGCUACGUAACAGCCACUUCUACUCUGUUGCGUAUGCAAAAUACCAUGAACUGUAUAUUCAACACGGAUCUUAGUGAUGUACAUGUGUGUCUGUUUGCAAUCGAAGUCUGUCUGACAGAACUUCAGACAUGCUGGUUGCCCAAAGAAAUGUAGAUAAUCCGUUGAAUUCAUUUAGACAAUUAACGUUUUAUGGAGUCAGCAAUG